UCCCUCCCUCCACCAGAACUGGCCUUAGGGCGCCUUCACUAACUGUGCGUGGCCGGAGAACUCUGCGAUUCGACUCUUUGGUCCUGCCAUCCUCCUGGUCCGACAUCAUGGGAGUGACCUGUGUGUCCCAGAUGCCUGUGGCUGAGGGCAAGAGUGUCCAGCAGACCGUGGAGCUCCUCACCCGGAAGUUGGAGGUGCUCGGGGCAGAGAAGCAAGGAACAUUUUGUGUAGACUGUGAGACCUAUCACACGGCUGCUUCUACCCUUGGCAGCCAAGGUCAGACUGGGAAGCUGAUGUAUGUGAUGCACAAUUCAGAAUACCCUUUGAGCUGCUUCGCCCUCUUUGAGAAUGGCCCUUGCCUUAUUGCCGACACCAACUUUGAUGUGCUCAUGGUGAAGCUCAAGGGCUUCUUCCAGAGUGCCAAGGCCAGCAAGAUUGAGACCCGGGGCACCCGUUACCAGUACUGUGACUUCCUAGUGAAGGUGGGCACGGUCACAAUGGGGCCCAGUGCCCGAGGCAUCUCUGUGGAGGUGGAAUAUGGCCCGUGUGUGGUAGCUAGUGACUGCUGGAGCCUGCUGCUCGAAUUCCUACAGAGUUUUCUAGGCAGCCACACACCCGGGGCUCCCGCAGUGUUUGGCAGCAGACACGACACAGUCUACGGCCCAGCAGAUACCAUGGUCCAGUACAUGGAACUCUUCAACAAGAUUCGCAAGCAGCAGCAGGUGCCGGUGGCUGGGAUUCGUUAGUGACUGGCAGCUGCAUGGUUGAGCUCCAUCACCAAGGGACUCCACAGGAGGCGCAGGUGCUACACCCUCAGGGCUCUGGGCCCCAGAAACUCAGGGUGGACAUGGAGGCUUCUCUCCUUCUCCAGUCCCAGCUGUGGCUUUUGUUCUGGGGCUCCGGACCCCCUCCCCUGACCCUCACACACAGUCCCGACAGCUGUUUCACUCCCUGCCGUACUGGACUUGGCCUGUCCUCCAGAACGGUGAUUAUGAAGAGUGGAGAAGUUUGGAGCUUUCCCGCUGUAGGGGCACAGGUAGGACAGGGCGUCCCUGCCUGGCCCUGGUGGGGAAAGUAGUCUGUAUCUCCAGCUGUUGUGGAUUUGGCCUGGGCCGGUGGGCAGGCUGCAUUUUGUGUUUGGGCUGCGCUGCAAUAAAGGCCUCUUCCUCUGCUCAGAGAUGUGCUUCGCCUCCUAGAGGGGUAGGAGGCCAGCUUAUUUUAUGGAUGGCAUUUUCUGACCUGUUUGCUGAAGUGAAUUGAGAGUUGACUUUUCUAGGGAAUUGCCUGAGUCCUAUAUAACAAAGCGAGCCUAGUAGAAGUUUAAUCUCUCUUUUAAUAGAAUAGAGGUAGUCAGGUGGUCCAGGGUAGGUUUAACUCUACAAGGUCAUCAGGAACUUAGGUUUUUUUAAUCUUGUUGUUCAGCCACCACUAGCUUCUUGUCCUUGCCUGCAAGGUCAAAGCAGACUCAUCAGCUCUAAGUCCGCAUAUCACUGGGGAAAGAGAGAACAAAGCAGUUUCUUUUAUAAAGAAUAUGAAUGACCUGGAGUUGCUCAAACCACUGUGGCCACAGUUAGUUGAAAGGGACAGCAGGAUAUAGAGCCUCUUAUCUGAGUAAUCAUGUGCCCAGUUAAAACUCAGGGAUCCUGUGACUGGAAGAUGGAGAAAAUGGUCUAGUUAAUGGCCUUUGCUACAUGGAGCUCAGUGGAUGUGCCCAGGAAUGCUCUUGGCUGUUACUUUGCAGUCAGUACUCCCUCUAACUAAGCCAGUUGUUUAUGAAUUGGAUUGGGAUAGGGCUGAUGCCAGAGUCCCUUUUGGUUUAGCUAGAUUAGUCACACUAGGAAGUCAGUUCCAAACCCCUUGCCUAGGUCUUAGUAUCUAGGCCUCUCCAGUUCGCAUGCACCCAGUUGACUCGAUGCACUGAGCUUUCUCAUCUCCUUUGCGCCUCCAAGCUGCUCAUUUGAUCAACAUUGUCUGCCCACCCCACUCCUGCUGCUGAAACAGUCAGUCAGGCUAACGAUGAGAUACACAGUGGGGGAUGGUCUAAUGUACACACUGCUACGCUGCCCUCAAGGAUACUGUCCCUCUUUGAAGGCACCUAAGGAGAAACUGUUUUCACACAUAGGGCUCUGCAGCAAGAAUCUGUCAGUAGACCCUUUUAGCUUUGGCUGGCAGGAAGCUCGAGUCAACUUUAUAACUAGGACCUGUCCUCCGCAUUUGUUGUUCUCACUUCCCCUGCUUUUCUGAUUUAUUUUUGCUAUAUUGAAAUUGAGGUAUGUUUUAAAUAUCAUUUACACACAAUAAAAUGCACAGACCUUAUGUUUUUGGCCUUCUGAUUUAUAUGUGCUCUUAUCCAGAUGUAUCUACUUGUAUUUUUCUGUAGGCUGCCACCAGUCUUCCAUGAUUUGAGACAUCAUUUUGAACAUAAUGUAUUCAUAAUAAUAUAUGGAAGCUGAGUGUGGUAAAUUUGACUCUAGACUUAUACAUUGUAAGGAGAUUCUGUUCCCUGAAACCUAAAAAAUAAUAUAAACUCCCUAACUAUACUUUGCUUUUAGACACAGCCUUGACUCCUACACAUUCUUCACUUUUAUUCUUCUUCCUAUUUGAGCAUACAUUUGACCGGCUUUAAAUCCAGCUCAGGCUUUAAGAACUGCCACUUUAGUUACUUUUGCCUGUGUUUGUCCUUUGUGUCAGUUAAAGAAAAUUUAUCACUAAAAAAGGCGGGUAAUGCAAUACAUUUUAACAUAUGCCUCCACUUGCAAAAUUGCCAAAAAUGGAACCAAUAACUAGUGAGAAGGGGCUAAAUGUUAUCCAUAGACUACUUGUGUGCCAGUUUGGAUGGGGCUUUCAAGAGUAGUCUAGGAAUAUCAGUGUGUGCAUUUUUGUAAGCUCCGGUUGAUAGAAAAUUGAGGAGCAAAUGUAUAAAUUUAAGGAAAAAGGGCAUGGUUAUCUUCACUUUAUAAGUGAAAAAAACCUUAAACUUGGCUGCUAAAUGGAGAUGCCAUAUUUUUGGGGUUCAAAUCUCAUGUUCUUCCUUCUACACUAGGCUGUCUUCUACCCAGCGUCCUUUGCUUCCAAAUGCAUUACCCCUUCCCCCACCUGUAGCUAACCCCCAAAAGCGCAGAAACGGGGGAAUUUCUAGGACCUUGCUAACAAGUCAACUUGGUGGCUACCUUUGCCAGAGCCACAUAGAAAUCUGUCAACCUUGACUCUCAGAGCUACACAGGGCAGCUGUGGGACUCAUCUAGUUCUUCUUUAAGAUGGGAAAGCAGUGGCCCCCAGAGGGGCCUGCCUAGAAAUGAGGCUGGAGUCAGGACCAAACUUCACAACCGGGUCUCCUAGCUACCAGCUGUGUCAGUGUGACACCUGGACCUCUGUGGUGCCAGGUGGUUUCAGAUGGAAUGUGGAAAACAUGGUUACAUUAAUACUUAUGUCUUACUCUCAUGUAUAUUAGAGAAAAAUAUAACUAGCCCUUUAUUCCUUAGGAUGAGGGUAAGUUUUUUGCAAAAGAGAACUAUUAAGUUAUAGUACAGAUGAUACCGGCAAAUGGCAAAAUCUAUAGAGGCAGAAGGCAAGUGCUGGAAUUUGGGGAAACACUGUGCUCUAUUUAGUGUCUAGUCCAUUUCUUGUGUCCAUGAGGGUUCCUGCUCUGUUUCUGCUGUGCUGUUCUGAUUCACUGUACCCUGUUCCUGUGCUGCCUCCUGCUUGCUUUCCUUGGAUCUUGAGUACCAAGUAGUCACAUUUCCCCGAACUCUAUCGGUGUCACUGCUUCACUGAAGAAAAUACCUAAAAACUGACCAUUCCUUCCCACCAGUGGGUCCAGUAUUCAUUUUUGUGGCUUCAGGAUGAGGAAGUGAAAUUUCUAUCUCCAAAUCCUGGCAGGUAAGAGGAGCAGUUAGAAACUCCUACUUAAGCAUGUCUUCCAGGUUUUGAAAGUUGAGGCCCUUAAAGUACAAGAUAGGAAGGUCUAUAGGUUGAACAUUUUGAGGACAUUCACAGAAGAUCUGGAGUCGUGCAGGACUGAGGUUUAUGUGUGGCCUUUUUGUAACUCCCAGUACUGCCUGUCUCUCCCGACAGCCUCCCUCCCCGUCUCUGCUGCUGUUUGAGUGCUCUGGGCGGUAGGCCCUAGUUACAGUUGCCAUGUGGAGUGGCUGAAACCAGUUGUAUUACAAGUUGGGUCCUCUCCUAGGGGUUGGUGUCUUUAACCUUAGAGCAGUCAUUUCCUGGGGUAGACUUUUCCCAAGGUGAGUUUCUGUCAUUCAGUCUCUUGGAGUAGAAGGGACUCGUUAGGUCAGCUAGUUUGACCUUCAGUACUCAUAUCUUUAACACCAUCCCUUGACUUGGCCGAAUCUAGGGAAAUCCCUUUCCUCUGUAUUUCACCGAUUUUAUCACUCUUGAGACAAAAACCCAACAAAACAUACUUGUCCUUUCCCUCACAGAUUGUGGAGAUUGCAUUGUGCUUAAUGAGGGAUUUGUUGUGAGCUGGUGCCAGAGUAUGCAUGAACUAUGACCCUAAAGUAGGGGUUCUAACAUUACUGCAGGUCAUCAGCCCCCAAGGGGAGCCUCAAGAGGCCUAAGAUGUCCUGAAACUGGAGACUGCUUUGUGUAGGUGUACAGUUUUGGGGAAAUAGGAUUUAUAGGGUUCAUUAGAGUAUCUCCAGAGUUCGUGAUCCAAAAAAUGAGUCUCUGAAGGGAAACAGCAGGAAGACAAAAAUAAAGCAGCCGUGAGAAAUGUCCAGCUGGCUUAUCGGGAGCAAGAACUUGCCCUGCCUUUUGGACACCUUAUCUGGGGUCCUCUCCAUGGAAUUUCCUCCUUCAUUCUGUAGUCCUUCAGGCCUUUCAUUCAGUUUCUGGGAAGCUGGACUGCUCUCUUCAUAAACAUAGAACCUUUUAGAAUGAGUGGAAAUAAAUAUGUAUGAAGCAAUCUUUACAGCAGGCUUUCUUGGUGGCCCCCCAGUUACUCUUCAUUAUGACACACUCGAUGGGAUCUGAAAAUUAUUCUGUUAUGAUGGAAUUAGGCAUAAUGAGUAUAUAUAUUUUCAUAAGGAGGUGAUUGAUGGCAGAGAAAUAAUUCCUAGUCUCUGUGAUGAAAUGAGCAGGUUAAAAAAAAUUCUUGGAACUAUUAUGACAAAGAAUCCUAAUUCUCUUUUAUUCUCUGUUUCAUUUCCCAACACAUUCCUGCCCCAUCAGAUGGCAUAGACCUGUUUUUAAGGGUAGAAAUCUUUUGUCAUGUAGGAAAGGCAAGGCUAGGGAUUAGAGGUGACAGUUGUUCUGAGGCAGCCUAUUAACGGGAAGAGACCAUGUGUUAGAGACAGAUGGCUGGGUGCUGGCCAUAGUACUGUCUCUAAUUUGCCCAGUAGCUUCAAUCAGGUUGGUCUUUUUGGGUCUCAUCUGUAAAGUGGGAAUGAUGAUUCCGACCCUCCAUAUUUCAUCGGCUCCUUGAGAGGUUCAAGGGAGAAUAGAAGAGUGCUUUGUCAGUAAGGAGAUGCUGUCUCUCUUCUGCUCUUGCAUCUUUUAAUGGUGCUGUAGGUAUUGGUGUUUGAUGAGGAUGUUUAAAGUGGGAGGUUAUGAGGUCAUUACUGUUUAGUGGCAGGUUAAAAUUCUUUAGUGGAAAGGGUGUUGUAUUAGAGAACAAGCAGCGUAGAGAGGGUGCAGAGAACAUAUUCAGCAUAUAGGUUUUUGUAUUUUUUUGUAACCAGGUCAGUGAACACAGUUGUAUGGACCAUUUGUAUGGACCAUCUCUUAAGCAUGGAAAUAGGUUUUUAAUACUUAUUCAUAGUGAUAACAUUUUACUUGUUGUCCUUUAACCUAAAGAAAAAGGGGCUGGGCUUUAAAAAAAGGAAGUGGGUUAGAAACAACUAUAUCUUUUAAUCUUUUACUGAAGCACAUCCAUUCCUGUUUCCCCUCAGGUCCCAAGCCUUUUGUGGCUGUCUCUGAAUGUUGUUUUUUUUUUAAUGCCAUGUGUAUCAUGAUUGCAUUUGUAAUCAGUUGUUUUUAAACAAAGUUCAGUGUUCCUGAUUCUGUUUUCCAUUCCUCACUGAUGAACUACCUAAGCUCUUAACUCUGAAGCUACAAUAAAAUCUUUUGUUAGCUAUCCUG